AAAUGAAAUAAGCAGCAAUAAAUAAACAUAAAAUACAUAAAAAAAAUAUCCGAAUAAAAAUAUAAAUAGAGGCAAUAGUAUUUAAGGAGAAAAUUUGCGAGUAUUAUCCGCAUUUGUUCGCUGAGUUCGAACCUAUUCACAAGUCUAUAAGAUGGAAAACAGUCUGAAGGACUUAGCCUCAGACGACGAAAAAAUUACAUCUGAACAAGUGCCUGAAGAUGCGCCUGUUUCUGCAAAUGAGCGACCCAAGCGUGGUAAGCCCGAUCUGGAUGGGAAAGCCGGUUCUUCGAGUAAACCGUCGACUGCUCAGAAACUCAAAAAGUUCAUCUGUAAAAGAAGGAAAAUCGAAAAAUCUUCACAAGCUCCGUUAGCAUCAGGUGUUGAAUAUUCAUCGUCUGGAACAUCUUCAUCGUCGGCAUCAUCAUCCGACAACGAAGGGGCUCAUGGAACAGACCUUACCGCAGUUUGUGGUAUGAGCAAAAUUAUGCCAAAGCCAUUUUUCAAGCCAAGGCUGAGCGCUAGAAUUGAUGAUCACUCGAUUGAGUGGUACACCUUAGGCAAUGAGAUCGUUUUAGACAUUAAGCUUUGCGGUUACAGAUGUACAGAAUACUAUAAUAAUCAUGUGAGAUUCCGAGGGCACUAUUUACAUGAAUUACUUAAUUUUUUGAACGAAAUACCGAAAAUUUAUGAAACCCGACUUCCUACACAAACUGCUCCGCUCAAACUGCUCCCGCUUAGCGACAAGGUCCUCACGUGGUGUCCUUGGCGUGGGUCAAGAAACCAGUUCAAAUCAGCGAAAUACUUGGCGGCUCGUACCUUCUCGUCGUCUCCUUCCCGAUUUGGGACGGAGUAGGGGCAGUGAAUCUGCCAAUUUGGCCAGGGUGUGACACCCUUCAUUUCAUGGACGUA